AGAACUUACACAGAACUACAAGUAUCACAUACUUCCAAUAAUGCUGCUGCAGCUCAAAAUUGUGUAGGAGGGGAAUGCUGAGUGUUCGGCAAAGCAGCAUUUUGGGCCCGCGCAACCGAAGAGAAAUGGGGCUGAGACUUUGGUGAGCGUGUGUUGGUAUGGGAUGGAAAAAGUGUUCCGAAAUGGCGUCGGAUACAGAUAGGCAAGUGAAUUCGUCUCCAGCAAAACGGCUUAAACUCGAUCAUACGGACCUUUUAUCGGAUUCAAGCGUUGAAAUAAGCAUCGGGAGUGUCCCUGCACCGGGUAAGCCCAGCCAAGAUGGGUUUGAUCCCGGGAUGGAUCCCCCUGAAAGAGUUUUAGACGGCGGGGAUCCUCGAUUCAGGCCUAGGUCUAGUCUUUCUCCGAGUAGGCCUAGGGAGCCUGAUGGCCCACAGCCUUCAACAUUUGACAUCUCAGUCUGCGGCAUCGACAUCGUUUCCGCGGCGUCUGCUGUUGCAGAGGAUGUCCAACAGGAGGUUGAUGUUCAAGAACAGGACGACGAUGACGACCGUGAUGAAGUAUCGUCCACAGUGAGCAGCCUAUCUAUAAGUGGUUUGUCAGAUAUGAGUGGGCAAGGCUGGAAACCUGUAGUGGGACCUAUGAGUUGGGUGCAGCGCCAAAUGUUGACGGGUGUCAAACCAAGGGAGAUACUCAAUCACUUUGGUGCAGACCCCACUGACAUUCCCCUUGACAUGGAUGAUAUGACCCUAUGGAAGAUCAUUGUUAAUAUGAUGACUGUACCCCCUAGGAGACCAAAACUCCGAGAUGUUAAUACUCUUCAGGACGUUGUUGGGCUCAUUAAAAAUUGCAGCCGCAUUAUAGUCCUGACUGGCGCAGGUGUCUCAGUCUCAUGUGGCAUUCCAGAUUUCAGAAGUAGAGAUGGUAUAUAUUCAAGAUUAGCUGUUGAUUUUCCUGACUUGCCAGACCCUCAAGCGAUGUUUGACAUAAACUACUUCAGUCAAGAUCCUCGACCAUUCUUUAAGUUUGCUCGAGAAAUCUACCCCGGUCAGUUCAAACCGUCAUUGUGCCACCGAUUUAUAAAGAAAAUUGAAGACCAUGGGAAAUUGUUGCGAAAUUAUUCUCAGAACAUUGAUACACUGGAGCAUGUUGCUGGCAUUAAAAAUGUUAUUGAAUGCCAUGGAUCAUUCUCAAAUGCAUCAUGCACUCGAUGCAAGCACAAAGUGACUGCUGAAGAAAUCCGUGAAGAUAUCAUGCAGCAGAAAAUCCCUCUGUGCCCAAAAUGUUUUCAUUCAGGAAUGUCAGAGUCAUGUUCUGCACAGGGAAGCACAACAGACUACAGCUCGUUAUUUAACAAGGGAAUCAUGAAGCCGGACAUCGUGUUUUUUGGAGAAGGGCUUCCUGAAGCUUUUCAUGAUGCUAUGGCUGCUGACAAAGAUAAUUGUGACUUGUUGAUUGUAAUAGGAUCUUCGUUAAAAGUUCGUCCUGUUGCUUUGAUCCCAAAUUCCAUCCCAGCUCAUGUUCCUCAAAUCCUCAUCAACAGAGAACCAUUGCCUCAUUUGAGAUUUGACAUUGAGCUUUUGGGGGAUGGUGAUGUCAUAAUCAAUCAACUAUGUCAUCUCUUGGAUGAUAGCUGGUCAGAUUUGUGCAGUCAACCAAAAUUAUUGGAGGCAGGGCAUCUCCUCCCCUCAUCGAUUGAAAAGAAAAGGGUGCAGUAUGGAAGUGAAAGAAGAAAAAGUCUUGAUGAAAAUAAGUCAGUGAAAUCCCUGGAGUCUGACAUUGGAACAAGUUUAUCUUCUGAUGAAGACGUCAACAGAGUUCUCAAAGAAGUUAUUCCCGAAGCUGGUGUUAACCCUGUUGUAGUACUUUCAAAUGAAGAAGUUCUUAGUGCAUUAGAUGACCAUGUCAUGGCUACUGAGAAGAGUGAAUUUGAUGGGGACGUCAAAUUACGACACAUGUCUGUAGAUUCUACACCAGAUAGUGAUGUUGAGGCUGGAUCAUCAUGUUACAUCAAGGAAGCUGAUGCUGAAUUGGAAUCAAGGAUUGCUGCAUGCGUGGCUAAUAGUAAUGUGCCUGUUCCUAGUAUUCCUGCAUCAGCUAAAGAAAGACACAUGUCUCUUGAUUCUACCAGAGAUUCUGGGAUAGGAGACAGUUGUAAUAGUGUAGAUAGCAGUGUGGACAAAGACAGAGAUAUCAACGCAGAGUCCACAAGUGACACAACAAGCUGCUCAUGGAACAAGGCGAAAGAAAGCCUGGCAUCACGUCUUCCUGUCAAUUGCUUCCAUUUCGUGACCCCAAGCCGGUAUAUAUUCCCAGGUGCAGAAGUCUUUGUUGAAAGAUCCCAUUUCAAUGAUUCCAGCAGUGAAUCUGGAAGUGAUUCACAUGAGUCAACUGAUGAAAGCUUUGAAGAUCAGGAAAUGGAAAUAGACCUUGAUAGUGAAAAAGAACCACAACACAGUGAGAGCAACUCUUCAUUAAAUGCUGAAGAGAGUGUUGACAAAUCACAGCAAGAUGAAUGUAACACUUUAUCUUCGCCUGUCAACUUGUGUGACUCUACUGUUCAUUAAUUUGUUAUUCUUCUUUGUUUGGAAGAUUGUUGUUAUUCAUGUGUGUACAGCGCUUCACGCAACUCAUAUUUGAUUUAGUUAUUUGUUAAUCAACUUUUACAUUGUGUACAUAGCGGUCUAUUUUAUUCUGUCAAAAGCCAUCAACAUUUUUCCUUUGUAUAAAAUCCUUUUUAAUAUCAAUUCUUCCUCCAUGAUACUUCCUUUUCUUAAAUAAUUAUAGCUGUCAGAUUCAUUGUUGUAUUUUGUUCCUUUGUGUUUUUAUAAGUGUGGUCUUUUGCAGUGUGUGGCUUCAUCACUUUUCAUCUAAUGUUGAUUUUCAUUUAAUUUACAGAUUUGAUGACAAUAUGAAGAGCAUUUAUAAAAGAGUUGUUCCUUGUGAUAUUAAGUAUUGUUCGUACGUGGUUUGGCUGGGUAACUUUGAUUUCUGUAUGAAAAUGUAUAGUAUGUAUGUGUGCUCACGUGUUGGACAUUGAUGUGUAGGUCUCUACUUGUGGUGUUUUUAUUCAUUUUAUGUUAAGAAGCUAAAGUUUCUUAUGUAAAUUAAAUUUUUGUACUGAAAGAUGACGACGAUAAUGAUAAUAUUGAUAAUGGCCCUGAGUAGAAGCACGUACUUUGAUUUUUUGACUGUCCAUCAAGUAGAAUUGUGCCUGAAGUGGUUUGGUAGUAUAGGUAUCUAAAUUUACUUAAAACAAUUAAAGAUUUUCAUUUUGAUCUUCACAAACCAUUAUGAAAAACAUGUCCUUGGUGCCAUUUCACAUUUAUUUGUAAAUUUUUUGUAAAGCCUUAACUUUUAUAGUACUAUCAAUUUUUUUGUGUUGCUUGUUGAUACCAGAUAUGACCUGAAGAAGAAUCUUGAUAAAAACUUAUCAUAGUUCUAUGAUUAACUUAAAAUUUUUAUUUUUCAAAGGCAACUUAUUGAAGCUUUAAGUGUAAAUUUCAUCUGGUUUUGUUCUUUUCAAUAAUUAUUUUUAUUUUUGUUAUAACUGUCAGUUCGGUAGCUCUAUAGUACAAAAUAUGCUGAUCCUAGGUUGGAUUAGUGACUUAAAAUGAUUUUUGUAUAAUAAUCGUAAUUGAAGGUGCUCUUUUUUCUGUUAUCGUAACACAUUCAUUGCAGUUGUCCCUCAGUUAAAAUUUUCUCAGCUGGUGAACUAUUUUUGUGUAUACCAAUACACAUUUUGGUUGAUAGAUAAUUGAGCAUUUGGCAAGAGACAAUUCUGCUGUCAAUGUGUUUCAGGCUAACUUGUGCAGAGCAGUCGUUAUGUUUAAUGCUGCGCCACAAGGACAGUGGACUGCUGAAUGUUACUUUAAAUGAAAUAUAUUAGUAUCUGCACAAAACAAUUGUGCAGUGUUUUGUUGAUCUGCCGUCAUAAUGUACGGAAGAGUUGAUUAAUAUAUUUAAUAUGCCAGCAUGUUGGAUUAAGUGUACUGUUAAUAUUUGUUUGAAGUUAUGUGGUCUGGUUUUGAAUUUAAUGUACUUGAUGUAAGAGUUGGGAAAUACCAGUUUCCUGUUCAACAAUCAAACAGCAAUCAUGUUUUAAAGGUUUUUAAAAGUAAUUCUCUGUAAAAUGUGGGUGGGUGAGUGUGCGCCCGCGCGUCUGUGCGUUCGUGUGUGUGUGUGUGUGUGUGAGUGAGUGAGUGAGUGAGUGAGUGAGAGAGAGUGAGUGAGUGCGCGCGCGCGCGCGCUUAUGUGUUUUGUACACAUGUGGGACAUGUCCCAACCAAGAUCUCAGUAGGGCUCUCUGGCUAUUCUUUUCUAAGUAUGAAAUGCUGCAGUGCAGCAAGGUAAUAUUAUUUGUGUAUAUAUGAUUUUUAGGCAGAUACUGUUAUAUUUGCCCUUCCCAUAGAGCAGUUGAUUGUGUUUUCUAUCUGCAUUAUUAGAUGCAUGUGUUUGUGAUUUUAGAUGAAGAAAGCUCACAUCGGUGUCUUUACUGUUUUUACUUUUUUUUCUUUGAAUUGUAAUAUUAUUUAGAAAUUUUUGUAAUUGGUCAUGUUAUCAAAUCAUGAUAAAAUGAACUAUUCUGGUAACUGUGUUUUGAAAAUAUUUUGUAAAACGAUUGUGCUUUUUUGGUGAAAAUGCUGAUUACACUGAUAAUCAUUCAACUAUAGAAAGUGAAAACUAGCGUCUAACAUUUCUCCAUAUUAUCCUUGCUUCAAGCUUUUAAGUGUGAUAGUUGCUCUUCUCUGGCUUUCCCAUAGAGCUUUAAAAAAAAUAUAUAUUGUGUUAUCAUUGGAAUUUUUACUUGACUACAGCCCUGGUCUAGCAGAAGCUUAUGUGUUUGUGGAUACUUGUGAGAUUACACCCACUACAUUUUGUUUCUUUGUAGUUUGAAGGAAGAAUUCCAGCAUGAAAAUUGUUUAAUUCCAAUGUGAAUAAUUUUUUCCUUCAUCAAGCUGAUACUUAAAUAGCCUGGUAUUUCAGCUUCCCUGAAAUCAAGCACCCGAAGUUUCAAAAACAAACAAUCAACAAAACUAAGCAUUUGUACUGCACAGGGAAAUCAGAGUGGAACAAUACUGAGUUAUGGAAAUGAGAUUGCAACCACCUACAGAACAGUCAUAAUCUAAGGAUCCCUAAUUAAAUAUUACAUCUCCGUCCAGGGCAUGUUUUACCUUAAAAAUAAUUACUCAUAUUAUUAAGGAGUAUUAUUUGUAACCAUUGAGUUUUCCCUUUGGACUACAGAGAAGCGAGAGAGAAAGACCGAGUGAGAGAGAGAUUAGGCACUCAGUGUUUAUUUGUGGUGAAGAUGAAUCAGAUUAAAAAGUGAACAGUGUCUGUACCAAAACUGACCAAAGGAUUGUGCACAAGCCACUCAUAUCCAUCUUAGCUUUAUUCCUAUUUGGUCAAAAUCAAAUUGGGGGUAAGAAUUGUGGAAUACUCUUUAAUGUGACCACAUUUGUAAAAGUUUUGCUAGUGUUUUUAUCAGCUUUGACAGUUGAACACAGAACUGCUAUCUGUAAAUAAGGUGUAUUCUAUUUUUAAAUUGAGGAUGUAGUAAUUAUCUCUUAUAUGUACAAUCACUAACUUUGUUUCCUGAUAUAUUUUUAUGAAGGAUGACUGUUUAACCGUGCUUCUCAAAGUAAAAUGAUUGUUUCAUAGAGUUGUCCAUAGCAUUGAUGAAGCAAAGAACAGUCAUAAUUGUUUGAUUAAUACUGUGCAGAAGUAUUGUUGAAAAAUUAAUAGAUUGUAAGCAGCAUUUUUCCUAUCUUCAUAAAAUAUUUCUCUAAUUUAUAUGUACAUUGAUGUAGUUUCAGUAUGAUUUCCAGUACAUCUUGACAUUUGUAAAACAAAUUGAAAUUGGUCUUCUGUACAUGUAAACUCCUGAAACUGAUAUAAUUAUCAUGUUUGUUGAAGCAAGUUGGGCUUUAAAAAAAAAACCUACAUGACAAAGCAUGAAUGUUAAAUGUGCAAACACUGGAAAAAUAAACAAGUUUUUAUUGAAAAGCA